AUGAACGCGAUGGAAACCGACGAAGUCUCCGUGGUUCUACCACCCACAACGACUUCUGGCUUGGCUCUUUCAUUACAUCCUCUACCGAUAUUGAAUAUAUCAGAACAUUUGACGAGGCUGAAGCUCCAACAGAACAGGCCAGAUCCGUUUGUAUUAGGCGCCCUGCUUGGCACGCAGAAUGGACGUGAGGUUGAAAUCGUGAACACUUUCGAACUUGCAGUUGUCGGCGAUGAUAUAAGCCUGGUUGACCAUGAAUUUCUUGUCUCGAGACGCGACCAAUACAAACAGGUGUUUCCAUCACUCGAGUUUAUAGGAUGGUACACAGUAACAACGAAGCCAACAAUGCAGCAUAUCGCUCUGCAUGACCAGUUCACGACAUACUGCUCGACGCCUCUCUUAUUGAUAUUGCAACCCAGCCUUGUAUUAACCUCUAACAGUGGCGACGCGCAUGCUCAGACUCUCCCUCUCAAGGCAUACGAACCAACUAUCGAACUUCGGGAUCGUAAAUCCCGUUCAGUGUAUAUCGAAGUACCGUAUAAUGUUGAGACCGGAGAAGCCGAGCGCAUCGCAGUGGAUUGGACAGCUAGAGGUGGAGGAAGUGGUACAAGUCUGGAAUCGCAUUUGCAGACCCAAAGGUCUGCCGUGAAAAUGUUACACGAGCGAAUUUUGAUUCUCAUUAAAUAUCUAACGGAUGUCAUUGGAGGUCAAGCACGCCCCGAUCAGAGUAUCUUGAGGUCUUUGUCUGCCCUUCUUGCUUCAUUACCAGCAACGGAAAACAAGCAUUUCCGAGAAGAGUUCGACACCGAGUAUGAAGAUGUUCAAUUGACUGCUUUCCUUGCCUCUUUGACGAAGUCUACAAAUAUUCUCAAUGAUCUUGUUGAUAAACACCUAGUGCUGACUGCUGGUAAAGAUGAAAGAGGGGGGCCUCGAAGGAGAAUAGGAAGACAAGGUGCUCCGGGUGAUUGGGAUCGCUUCCAUUGA